AUGGCGGCGGUGCUGGCGCGUGGGUUGGCGCGCGGCUGGGUGGCGCGGGCGCGCGUUGGGCAGCGCUGCCGCAGCGCGGCCGGCAGACAGGACGGGGAGGUGGGCAAGGCGCAGCGGGCGGCCGCCGAGGUAGGCACGGAGCCCACCAUCUUCAGCCGGAUCAUCGCCCGCAGCGUGCCGGCCACCAUCCUGUACGAGGAUGACGAGUGCCUGGUGUUCCGCGACGUGGCUCCGCAGGCGCCCGUCCACUUCCUAGUGAUCCCCAAGCGCCCCAUCCCGCGGCUGAGCCACGUGGGUCCGCAGGACGCGCAGCUCCUGGGGCACCUGAUGGUGGUGGCAGCGCGCACGGCGCAAGCAGAGGGACUAUCUGAUGGCUACCGGCUGGUCAUCAACGAUGGGAAGCACGGCGCCCAGUCGGUGUACCACCUGCACCUCCACGUGCUGGGCGGGCGGCAGAUGAGCUGGCCCCCCGGCUGAGGUCCCCCACAGCCCCCGGUCACCCCGCAAUAAAGUUUCUUGGGGAUGCUCAGUA